AAAACACUGGAAAAACUUUGAAAAUAUUAAAUUAAUUACACAAAAGAAAAUUCAAUAAAAUUUAUUAAGAAAAAUGGAAGUAUACACAUCAGACAGCAGCGACACAGACUCGCGCGAGCAAAAAACUCUGGACUAUGGACGUAUGAACCUCACCGUAAUCACACUGGACGACGAUUUGCAUGCGAAAAAGGUGCUCAAAACACACAAGGAUUUCGAGACGUUGCUGCUGAAUCACAAUCGACUCACACAACUGCCGCCAGCGCUUACUAAAUUCGUCAAUUUGAAAGUACUAGAUUUGAGCUCCAAUUGUUUGACACAAUUGCCUGAGGCUAUUUGCAAUUUACCGUUAGUCACAUUGAUUGCCAAAAAUAAUAAUUUGUCCAACAAAUCAUUGCCGAAAUCGUUUGUGAUGCGCAACUCAGCCUUGAAGGAGCUGAAUUUGAGCGGCAAUCAGCUGACGCAUUUUCCCGAGCAGGUGCUAGAGCUGCGCCAGUUACGCUACUUCUACGCCGGUGCAAAUAGGAUAACAGCAAUUUCUAAGGAUAUAUGGAAAAUGCAAAGCUUGCAGGUACUCUCGCUAGGCGGCAAUCAAAUCAGCGAUGUGCCCGACUCCGUGGGCAUGCUCAGCCAACUGCAGGCGCUCGUGCUGUGCGACAAUGUCAUUGAGAAUUUACCAACCAGCAUCGCACAUUUGAACAGCCUGAAGUCACUUUUGUUGCACAAAAACCGCUUAAGACACUUGCCAAAAGAUAUUAUCGCAUUGAAAAAUUUAACAGAGUUGAGCUUGCGCGACAACCCUUUGGUGGUGCGUUUCGUGCAAGAUAUCGCUAUGAAGCCGCCCACGCUGAUGGAGUUCGCUGCGCGUGUCGUCAAGUGUACCGGCAUACCCUUCGGUCCGGGCAUUGUGCCGCGCACGGUCAAUGAUUAUCUACAGAGCGCCAAUUGUUGUGUAAAUCCCAAAUGCAAGGGUGUUUUCUUCGACAAUCGCGUGGAACAUAUUAAAUUUGUCGACUUCUGUGGCAAAUAUCGUGUACCGUUAUUGCAUUAUUUAUGCUCCUCCAAGUGCAUUGAGCCGGAGCCAGAGUUGCCGCAAACGAGCGGUGCUAAUGGUUAUAUGAUGCGUAAGGUGUUGCUUGGCUGAUGGGAGUACUGGGUGCGGUCAACAUUAUUGGCGGAUACUAGAAUUACUUGUUGGUUUUUGAUUGGAAUUUGGAGAAAAGUUACCAACAGAUCUUUUGGAAAAUUCAUUAUUUGAAUAGUCUGCUAUUUGGUGGUAUUUUUUUUUUAUAUUUUACUUUAUUGCCAUGAGAUACGCGGUCUGAAUAAGCGAGUGUGUGCAAAAUGUUUGAAUAAUGCUGCGCAUUUUUAUAUAUACAUACAAAAUAAUACAAAAAUUUUUGAAAAAUUUUAUAUUUAUAAAAGAUUUAAUAAAAUUUGCAUUAAUUGCAUAGAACUGAACUAUUAAGACCUAA